CUUCAUUCUCCAGCAGCAGCAGAGCACACUGUCACACACCCUAGAACUCGAUCGACAACCCACAUCCAUCUCUAGCUUCUACUACCAGCCGAAGCACGUGCACGCUGGCACCAAGGCAGAGGCAUUCUCAAUGGACGCUGUGGAGUCCACUUCGCCGUACUCGCCACCGUCGCUGCGCCACAAGCUGCGGACCACAGUGUGCGGCUGCUUCGGCUCGCCGUCGUCGCCCGCCAGCGGUGGGGAGAGGCCACAAAGUGGCGGCAGGGCCAGGUGGAGGAGGCGCGUGGCGGCCGCGGGGCAGUUCAGGUACGACCCGCUCAGCUACGCGCUCAACUUCGACGACGGCGGCAGCGGCAGCGGCAGCGACGACGGCGCGGAAGCAGAGGACGCGGCCUUCCCGUACCGGAACUUCAACUCGCGCCUGCCACCCUCGCCGGCGCCGGCCUCCCGAGCCGCCAUCGCCUGAAGUCGGGAAUCGAAUCGUGGUAGCUGGCGGCCGUCCUUUGCUGCUUCUGUAGCUUUUGUCUCUCUGAUUCUUCUUCUUCUCCAAGUGAAACUGUAUUAAUGUUCCGUCGGUUCACAAUGCAAGAUUAAGAUUUGGUUU